GUUCCGUUUCGACCUGUAGAAGCGAAAGGGACUGAAGCAUGGCUGAUACCGGAAUUUUGGAGUCUGUGCUCCGGCAUCUGGAGAAAGUGGAUGAUGGCGUUGACAGUCAAGUCGUGGCGGUCUUGCUUGGCGUGGACCACCAAGUUAUCGUCGGGGCUGUGAAGAGUCUACAGGCGAUAGGAGAUGUGAUUUCUGCUGAGCAGCGCACAUCGAAGCACUGGCAGCUGACGGAGGAGGGAGCAGAGAUCGCAGCGCAGGGCAGCCAUGAAGCGCGAGUCUUCUAUGCCAUUCCGGAAGACGGACUGCCACAGAGCGAGCUUAUGAAGCUGCCUAGUGGGAAAGUGGGCUUCAGCAAGGCGAUGUCCAACAAGUGGAUCCGUGUGGACAAGGCUCACAAGGGAGGCCCCCGCGUGUUCAAGACGGUGGAGAGUAUCAAUGACCUGGUCAGGGAGAAGCUGCUCCUGGUGGAGCAGAGAAAGUCCCAGCUGGAGGAGAAGGAGAAGAACGAGCUGAAGAAGAGGAAGCUGUUGGCCGAAGUGACGGUGAAGUCCUACUGGAUCGGUAAAGGAAGCUCUUUCAGCACAACCAUCACCAAGCAGGAGACGGAGCUGACAUCCGAGAUGAUCGCAAGUGGAGGCUGGCGUGAGAAGAAGUUCAAGCCCUACAACUUCGAGUCGAUGGGUGUGGCCCCCGACUGCGGGCACCUGCACCCCCUGAUGAAGGUGCGCACGCAGUUCCGGCAGAUCUUCCUGGAGAUGGGGUUCACCGAAAUGCCCACCAAUAACUUCAUCGAGAGCUCCUUCUGGAACUUCGACUCGCUGUUCCAGCCGCAGCAGCACCCUGCCCGUGAUCAGCACGACACUUUCUUCCUGUCAGACCCAGCGCUAGCCUACGAGUUCCCCCAGGACUACCUGGAGAGGGUGAAGACCGUCCACUCGCAGGGGGGCUAUGGCUCGCAAGGGUACAAGUACGACUGGAAGCUGGAGGAGGCCCAGAAAAAUAUCCUUCGCACGCAUACGACAGCUGUCAGCGCACGCAUGCUCUAUAAGCUGGCCCAGCAGGAGCAGUUCACCCCGGUCAGAUACUUCUCCAUCGACAGAGUGUUCCGGAACGAGACCCUGGAUGCCACCCACCUGGCUGAGUUUCACCAGAUCGAGGGAGUGGUGGCCGACUAUGGGCUUACCCUGGGUGAUCUGAUGGGAGUUCUGCACCAGUUCUUCACCAAACUGGGAAUCACCAAACUGCGCUUUAAGCCUGCCUACAACCCGUAUACCGAGCCCAGCAUGGAGGUCUUCAGCUACCAUGAAGGUCUGAAGAAGUGGGUGGAGGUGGGUAAUUCGGGGGUUUUCCGGCCUGAGAUGCUGCUGCCCAUGGGGCUCCCUGAGGGGGUUUCUGUCAUUGCCUGGGGCCUGUCACUGGAAAGACCGACUAUGAUCAAGUACGGCAUCAACAACAUCCGUGAGCUAGUGGGGCACAAAGUCAACUUGCAGAUGGUGUACGACAGCCCUGUGUGCCGGCUGGAUUCAUAAUUAUUCUCAGGCACCUCUGUGGACAGCCUUCCUAGCUGGUCCUCACUUUAAUAUUUAGAGUCCUCUAUUCCCCAGUCACCAGACAGACCUACUAUGUCCUUAUUAAUUGCCUCUUAGCCCAGGAGCCAAUUCACCACAAAUUGGCAGUAUGACAUUGUGCAGUGUUGCUGGCCACAUGAGAGCCUGAAUAGGGGUUCUACCCUACAGAAAUGUCCUUACCGUUAGGCGUUGUUGUACCUGAUUCUGGUCCAGUUGUGGUCUCCCCCCCCACUGUGCUCAUAAUAUAUUAGACUUGAUGUUGAUUAAAUCCUGGACAGUUUUAAAGCAAUGCAGAACUCAACACUCUGAAUCAAGGUCCUUUAAUUUGGCAAUACAGCAGUACAGCAUUUUAACAGAUCUGUAAUUGGCUCAGUUAGCCUGCAUCUUAGACCAGCUGCAGAAUGAGGGAUUAGCAUUUACCAAGUUUAAUACUCAGUACUCUAUUUAAUUAGUUGUAUAAGAAAUUAUUGAAGUAAAUUACAUGAGUCUGGCAUGUGCUGCCUUUUAGAAAAGGACACAGCAGUGACACUUGAGAAGUGUUAAUGAAGGCUGUGUUUAGAUGGUUGAUCAACACAGUCUAAUUAACUCAGUGUAUGUCUGGGGGGGAGGGAAGGCAAGACGCAGUGUGUCUGCAGUACUGGGGCCAGCAAACCCUGCAUAGCAAUGUCACUUCUAUAUACAGUCGUGCUCUAAUCUGGGCCAUCAAGCCUCGCUCUUUUCUUCUUUCUUUUUUUUUUUUUAGACUGGUGGACAAAUUGUAUUUUUUUAAGAGGGUGCAUGUGGGAUGUGGUUCCAUUGUUAUAGCCUGUGGCUGAAGAGAAUGGCAGCAGGUCACCAGAAGUCGUCACCGCUGUGGGAUCCCCGGGAGUCAUAUGAAUCACCGCCAUUUGUCACCAUGUACUGUCACCUGAUCAACAAACUGUACAGUAAAGGUUUUAGGUCUGAGACUGUAGCCGGUGUCUGACACUGUAUACUGCGGCAGAGAGGGACGUCCUGUUACACUUUUGAGGGCAGCAAUGGCUCAACGCAACCCCUGGCUUCAAUGUAAUCAAUAUUCUGUUUUUUUUUUUUCUUUGGCUUGGAUAUUAUUUUAAACAGGCAACAGCAGAAUCGCACUUGGUGUUUGAGGUCUGUGUUAAGGUGAGGCAAGGUCAAAGAUGAGGUCAUCAGAAUUCUGUUAAGUCCACAAUUGAUUUGCAAGAAAUUUGCAGGUUUGAUUUGAAAUACCUGACUACCCCCCCCCCCCCCCCCCCCCCGUAUAUCUCUUUGUGGAGGGUUUGUGAUAUUUUAUAAAUGCCUUUACAGGGUCAGUUUACAUGAUGCUGCACCAUGUGUUUAAUGUGCUGUCUUUGGAAUUGAGAUGAAGCUGUUAAUGAAACUUCACUUUCUUGGGGUUAGCGACUGGACUUUCUCAGCUUAUUUUCGUUCUCAAGCUGGGGUGGCUCAGCGUAUGUAUUUACUGUAAUCUGCCCACAUAAUCUCCUCUCUGAUUCUAAGAACUAUUUUUCUCCAUACAUGCCUGGUGUCUCUGGGGGAUUGGUAAACAUGGAAGUAAGAUAGAAAUUAAUUAAAUACCUUUAAACACUG